UUCGCCCGAGUCUAGAGCAUUAAGAGAGGAGCGCGCAAGGUUCGCCGCCGCUCUUCCCGCGUUGACCACAACAAUACUCUUCCUUCAACGGCAACAACGUCUCCGGGCCUGCUUCUACCCACUCCACCUGAAGCACACCAGGCACCACCGAGCACCACCUGCUACUAGCCACACCUGCCGCCCCCUGAACACCAGGAUCAUGUCGAACAAGCGAGUCAAGAUCGAUGUGGAGAGCAAGGCGAUCGACACCGUCCGGGUGCUGGCCGCGGACAUCGUGCAGAAGUCCAUGUCCGGCCACCCGGGCGCGCCCAUGGGCUGCGCUCCCAUGGCCCACGUGUUGUUCACCAAGUUCAUGAACUUCUCGCCAUCCAACCCGGACUGGCUGGGGCGAGACCGGUUCGUGCUGUCCAACGGGCACGCCUGCGCCCUGCAGUACAUCAUGCUGCACCUGUGCGGGUACGGCGUCACGAUGGACGACCUGAAGAGCUUCAGGCAGCUGGACUCCCUGACCCCCGGCCACCCGGAGAAUUUCGUCACCCCCGGGGUGGAGGUGUCCACGGGGCCCCUCGGACAGGGCAUUUCCAACGCCGUCGGGAUGGCCAUCGCCGAGAGGCACCUCGCAGCCACCUUCAACAAGCCCGAUUUCCAGGUGGUGGACAACUACACCUACGUGAUCUGCGGCGACGGGUGCCUUCAGGAGGGAGUCUCCUCGGAGGCGUGUUCGCUGGGGGGACACCUGGGCCUGGGCAGGCUCAUCGUGCUCUACGAUGACAACUCGAUCACCAUCGACGGGGACACCGCGAUUUCCUUCACGGAAGACGUCGUCAAGAGGUUCGAGGCGUACGGGUGGCACACCCAGGUGGUCGCGGACGGCACCAACACGGCGGCCAUCAUGGAGGCCGUGGAAAACGCUAAGCAGGAGACGGGGAGACCCUCCAUCAUCAAGACCAAGACCAUCAUCGGCCACGGCAGCAAGAAGCAGGGGCUGGAGACGACGCACGGAGCCCCCCUGGGAGCGGAUGAUGUCGCCCACGUCAAGACCACGUUCGGUUUUGAUCCUUCCGAGAGCUUUGUCGUUCCGGAGGAAGUGAGCAAGUUCUACGCGGGGUUGCAGGAAGAGAGCGCCAAGAAGGAGAAGGAGUACGACGUGCUCUUCGCCGCCUACGAGUCCAAGUACCCCGACCUAGCAAAGGAGCUGAAGCGCCGCAUGUCGGGAGAGCUCCCCGAGGGGUGGAAGGACAAACUUCCCAAGUUCGUUCCGGAGGACAAGGCGCAGGGGACGCGGAAGUACUCCCACAUGGUGAUCAACGCCCUGACCGACACCAUACCGGAGCUCAUGGGCGGAUCCGCUGACCUCACGGGGUCCAACAACACCGACUUCAAGUCUGGGGUCUUCCAGAAGGAUGCCUACGAGGGCCGCCAGAUGCGGUUCGGCGUGAGGGAGCACGGCAUGUCCUCGGUUAUGAACGGCAUGUUCGCGUACGGCGGCAUGCGACCCUUCGGCGCGACCUUCCUCAACUUCAUCACCUACGCCUGGGGAGGGGUGCGACUCAGCGCUCUGUCCAAGUUUGGUGUGGUGUACGUGAUGACCCACGACUCUAUCGGUCUCGGCGAGGACGGGCCUACCCACCAGCCCGUGGAGGUCAUGGAGCUCCUCCGGUCCACCCCUAACAUGAUGGCCUUCCGCCCGGCCGACGGGAACGAGGUAACAGGGUCGUACAUGUGCGCGAUGGAGGCGGGCUCCACCCCUUCCGUCCUGGCGCUCUCGAGGCAGAACUGCCGCCACCUGAAGGGGACCUCUGCCGAGCUCGUGGCCAAGGGGGCCUACAAUCUCUGCGAGCACGGACCCGGCGGUGCCCCCGACGUCAUCCUCGCCGCCACCGGUUCGGAGGUGCAGAUCUGCGUAGACGUGGCGAAGGCCCUCGCAGCCAGCGGCACCCAAGCUCGCGUGGUAUCCAUGCCGUGCUGGGAGCUCUUCGAGCAUCAGGACGAGGCGUACCAACUCCAAGUGUUCCCUGCCGGAAGCCCAGUCAUGUCGGUCGAGGCCGGCGGUAUCCAGGGCUGGGAGCGGUGGGCGCACGCCCCCUUCGGGAUGACCCGCUUCGGCGCCUCGGCCCCGUUCAAGCCUCUCUACGAGAAGUUCGGCUACACCGUGGAAAACCUCACCAAGCAGGCUACCAAGGUGGCGGAGUUCUACAAGGUCAAGGGCGGCGCGCAGUCUCUGGUCCAGCGGGUCGACCUGAACCUCGCAGGAUACCACAACGGACACUGAUUUACGAUGACAACCGCAGAUGACUGGUGUUGUUCGUGCAUGCAGCGCGGCACGUAGCGAACUUCAAUGGGAGCCUCACCUGGCUAGAUGUUGACAAUUGUUUUUCCGCGUUGUAACAGGGUGAUUCGUUGUAUUUUCGUGAGCUGCUGGGUGGGUGCGUCCCACGUUAACCAGGAGCUUGGCUGCUUAACGACCGUAACCUGGUUCCGCACGUAAGGGAGGACCGUGCUCAUUGCGCUAGCGCAGCCUUGGCGUCUUAAUCGCCGGCGUACCAGCCGCCGAAUGGGGGUAUAUCGUAAGAGUUGGGAAAAAAUGCAGAGGUUAUGGUCGUCUAUGAUGGGCGUGGGCGUGUUUCGCUGUCUUGGGCCUGGAGUGGAUGCACCAACGACAGCAGCAGCGGAGACUCUCACAACACAAUGCUAGGAACGAGUGCGUCACCGCGACGCCCCCGACGUCAACAAACGAGAAAAAGAAAGAAAAAAGAGUUGUGACGAUGAACGAACGUACUUGUAGCACGAAAUGAUUUUUCCCGUUCUGUUGAUGAUGAUUUGGAGUUUUUCUGCCGCUUGCUCGUUUUUGUUGGCACUUUUUUUGUGUGCUCCUCGUCGGGAGGUCGAUGCUUCGUUGUAGAUUUGUCGUACGUGUUGGUGCUCUGUGAUUGGGAUAUAUGUACGUAAUGGACACACACUCGUUGGUGAGCUGGGUGUGGGCCGUUUGGGGGGGGGCGGGGUCGCUAGGGUUACCGGAAAAUGGUGGCCCUGCGUCGGCUUGUUUGAAUUGACGCAAAGGAACUUGAGAGCUAAGAAGGGGAAGGCACCGGGGGAAAGCUGUAGUUGUAUCCGAUAGGGUAGCAAAGGGAUAACUACAAAAUAUCAGUCUCUGAACGGUAUACCUACUCAUCUCAGGUACUGCUGAUCUUACGCCCACAAUGUGUCGCGCUUGUGCACGCACACAAAACAGCCCGUGCAUUUUGACUCCAGGCUGUACUCAGCUCGCACUCUUAACUCUGCGAGGUGUGUGUGUGUGUUGGGUUCCGCGGUUGACGUGAUAAUUGGCUUUCUGUGUCUUGUGGUGCUAUUUGGAGAUGGCCAUGUGAUGGUGCGUUACCAUGGGUUGCUUGGCGUUGCCGGCAGUCUUCUUCUAGACGUCAUGGGUGGCGAGAUUCAGGAGUAAUUCCGAGUCAUGUGCCCUUCUAUUGAGUGUGCGUGUGCGCUUGGGAAUGGUUUGUGUUGGAUUUCCGGCUGCAUGAUGUGCAUGCAAAGGUGGUAGGAAUGAACAAAUGAGAGGAGAACAAUGC